AAACCAGUGAGGGAGGCGUUUGUGGGUCCUGUUUGGGAGUCGUGUUGGGAUUCAGGACGACAGGGUGAGGAUCUGGGCUCAGAGAAAAAAAAACCCAAAAACUACAAAAGCAGGGAUGAAGACUCUGGUGCUACUCCUACUGGCUUUCACAUCAGCCGUGGCGAUUAGACAAAGAAGCAAGUUCACACGUUUCAAGUCCUGGAACUCUCGGAUUUAUCCGGUGUGGCAAGAUGGAGACGCAAGGUUCAGAAACUGUUGGUCCGGUGGUAACGUGACCUUUGACCUUAAAAACGAUGCGCCCACCCUGACGGGAGCAAAAGCAACUUUCACCAUCAACCUUAACUUCCCCCCUAACCAGACGGUGCUGCCUGACGGACAGGUGGUGUGGGCGCGCAACUGCACCGUUAACGGCCGUGAGUAUCAGGAGGGCCAGGCCGUUUAUCCGGACAGAGGCGACGAGUGGACCGGAGUUUUCCCUGACGGCUCGCCUUUCAACAGGAGUCAGAUCAGGAAACCACGCUACGUGUUUGUGUGGAAGACGUUGGGGCGUUACUGGCAGGUGGCAGAUGGACCGUCCUCCUCCCUCACCAUUGGGACGGACGACAUCCCACUGGGUUCCUACAACAUGGAGCUGGUCAUCUACCACCGGCGUGGGAGAGACAGGUUCAUCCCCCUCGGCUACGCCUCGUCAGCCUUCACCAUCACAGACCAGGUUCCAUUCAGUCUAUCCCUUUCUCAAGUCAAUGAUGUCAAUCAAAAUGACCAGAACUUCAUCCAGAACCAAGCCAUCGCCUUCACUGUAGCGCUCCACGAUCCCAGCCAGUACCUGAACAGCGCCGACAUCAGGUUCACCUGGGACUUUGGGGACAACAGCGGGACGCUCAUCUCCAGAGAGCACACCGUCACACACACAUACCUGUCAGUAGGAGCCUUCAGACCUCAAGUGGUUCUGAUGGCGAGCAUUCCCUGUGGAAACCCCACAGCUGUUGCUCCCAUCAAUGACCCUGCUGGUCCAGCUGUAGUCGUUGUGACCUCCUCUCCUGCACCACCUGCUGCAGCCGAAGGUGAGGAUGCUACAGCUCUGGAUGUUACUGCGGCUGAUGCCACUCCUCUCGACACCGCUGAUGAUGAAGAAGCAGCCGCUGAUGCCGACACCGUGGCCACGGAGGCUGCCUCCGUGGCUCCAGCAGGAGUAGAUGCCGCUGUUGUUCCAGCAGAGCAGGAUCCUGCCGACACAGGCGAUGCUGCUGCAGUGGAGACGGAGGCUGCAGCUGGAGAGGUGGCCACUGUUGCCCCUGCAGCGGAGGAACCGGUAGAGGUGGAAGCUGCUGCAGAAGAUGCCGCUGAGGCAGCUGCGGAGGCUGUCCCCGCUGCUGCUGAUGCUGCUGUCCCUGCCGCAGAAGGAGAAGAAGCUGCAGAGGUUGCUGAUGCUCCCACUGUUGCACCUGUGGUUGACGCCGCUGUGCAGGAGGAAGCCAAUGAGGCGGCUGAACCCGCCUCUGUGGCCCCAGAGGUUGUUCAAGACGGAACCGAAGUCCCUGCUGCUGCUGUUGACAACGUUGUCGCUGCCGCUGCUGCCACUGAGGCCACAGCAGCAGAAGAAGCCGCAGCUGACACUGAGGCUGAAGUUCAGGAAACCGAAAAUGCAGCUGCAGCAACUGUGGCUGCUGCAGCAGCGGAAGCAGAAGCUGUUCCUGAUGAGGGUGAAGUUCAAGCUGAGGUGGAGGCAGAUCCAGCGCAGGUUGUCCUAGUUGUGGCCAAAAGGCAGGCCCCAGCAGAAAACUGCAUAAUCGACCGCUACGGCUCCCUCGCUACAUCUGUAGAUGUUGUUCAGGGAAUUGAUAGUGUGGAGAUUGUUCAGAUGUCCAACGUCAUAUCAAUGGCGACUGAACUGGACCAGAACGCCGUGGAUGUCACCAUUUCCUGUCAGGGAAGCUUGCCCAGUGAAGUGUGCACGGUCAUCUCUGAUGCUGACUGUGUCACACCGGUUCAGACCGUCUGCGGCGCAGCCUCGCCCUCUCCAGACUGUCAGAUGAUCCUCCGCCAGUUCUUCAACGACACAGGCGUGUUCUGCCUCAACGUCUCCCUGAUUAAUGACGUCAGCCUGGCUGUGGCCAGCGCCAGAGUCAAUGUGGCAGUGGCCUCUGGUGGUUCCCCAGCUGGAACUGCAGCCACUGUACUGGGAGUUAUGGUUCUCGCCUGUGUUGUUUGUUGUAUUGGUUUGAUGUACAGACGGUUCAAGCAGUACCAGCCGCUGAUGGAGGAGCGCGGUGCCGGUACCGGCGGCAGCUUCGUGACGUCGGUGCCGCUGCUGCUGUGGAACCUGCUGAGCCGACAGUCACCGGGCGAAAGCCGCCCGUUGCUUCAGGGAAGGAUUGUCUAAAAACGAUCACCAGUUCAUGUACCCGACAUGUACAUACUGUGCUAACACGCAGGCCUCAUAUAUGUGACACCAGUUAGUAAAUCAUCUGUAAAAAAAAAAAAAAAAAACUAAACAAAAGAGAAACACUUCAAAUUUUAUGGACCCAUCUUCAUGAAUAACAAUCCGGUGUCUUUUCUGUAAUAUGGAAAGUUAUUUAUUUGUCCUGCAACAUCUUAUAAAUGUCACUUGUAGUUAAAACAAGAAGUUUAAUCUGUGGCCUACUUAUUUUAACCUGCUAACAAAUCAGUUUUUAUUAAUUUUACUUCAAAGUAAACAAAGUUUGUUACAGAAAGUGUUAUCUGUGCCACCCCAAAGCUAAUAAAAAUUAAAGUUUGUCACCAUUA